CCGGAACAAUCACUCUGAAAGAAUAGAAACGUUGACAAAUUCUACAAUGAUUUUUCAUCUAACUGCCAUUCUCGUCGUCGUUACUGGCAUGGCGAGCUCAAAAAAUCAAGAGGAUGUCUGGGUAGCUACGAUUCUAGGUGGAAGACAGGAAGCACAGCUCUUGGCCACCCGGUACGGAUUUCAUAUUGUAAAACAGCUUGAUAUCGGUGAAGAUAUUUACGUUCUAAAGAAAGACGACAGGAUUCCAUUAUUUAAAAGAUCUGGAUCCAUCCACAAGAGUAAAAAAGUCCCUUGGAUUGAAAAACAGGUCCCGAUGAAAAGAGAAAAAAGAGGUAUUUUCUCCUGGCUUCGAAGCAGAUAUGGAAGAGAGUUUAAUGACGAUCUUUGGGGCAAAGAGUGGUACAUUCAAGAUUAUCGAAGUCUUUCCUCACUGCCGGUCCUGGAUUUAAACGUCGUCCCAUGCUACAGAGAAGGUGUAACAGGGAAAGGGGUCAACGUUGUUGUCGUAGACGAUGGACUCGAGAAAGACCACGUCGAUCUCAAACCCAACUAUAAUCCGGAAAUAAGUUACGAUUUCAACGACGAUGACCCAGAUCCAACGCCGAGAUAUGACGAAAAGGGCAGCAACUCACACGGGACGAAAUGCGCUGGAGAAAUCGCCAUGGUGGCCAACAACAAAGUUUGCGGAGUUGGAAUAGCCUACAACGCCAGUAUCGGAGGGCUAAGGGUUCUCGACGGGCUCACGACUGAUAUGGUGGAAGCAAUGGCCCUCUCAUAUAGACUGGAUAAAGUGGACAUAUACUCCAACUCGUGGGGCCCCUCGGAUGAUGGAAUUACAAUGGCGAAACCGGGGAAACUUCUUCAGCUUGCUUUAGAAAAAGGAAUAACUAAGGGACGAAACGGAAAAGGAGUUAUUUAUAUAUUUGCCUCUGGUAACGGCAAAUUUAAAGGCGACAAUUGUGGAGCCGACGGCUACAUCAAUUCUAUUUACACGGUCCCUAUUGCCAGCGCGUCACAGAAGGGCAGGACCGUCCAUUACGGUGAACGAUGUGCAGCAAUAAUGGCAACUGCGUAUUCUUCAGGAGGAACCAGAGAUGAACAAGUGGCCACGACAAACUUGAACAACACAUGCACCUUGAGACAUACAGGCACUUCGGCUGCUGCUCCAUUGGCCGCGGGAAUCGCCGCUUUGGUACUUGAAGCUAAUUCUAAUUUAACGUGGAGGGAUUUUCUUCAUCUAAUCGCAUGGACGUCCGAGGUUGCUCCGCUUGCUGAAAACAACGCCUGGGUCCUGAACGGUUUCGAUUUCUGGGUGAGUGUCGACUUCGGUUUUGGCCUUCUCAACGCCCACAACCUUGUUAGGAACGCAAAAAACUUCGUAACAGUCCCAUCUAGCCGGACAUGCGAUGUACCAUUGGUGUUAUAUGGCAAUAGAACUAUUCAUAAAGGCAGCAAGAAUGUUGAAGUGGUUACGGAUGGUUGUCGGGGUGAGACCAUGGAAAUAAACUACUUGGAGCACGUCCAACUCCUUGCUUCCAUUAGCUACCCAAAAAGAGGGUCCAUCAGCGUCUAUCUUGAAUCUCCAUCAGGAACACCAAGCAUCCUUAUGGAGGAAAGACCCAGAGAUUACGCUACAUCCGGUCUGAAAGAUUGGACUAUGACUAGCGUACACUUUUGGGGAGAAAGCCCAGCCGGGAUCUGGACAAUCUCUAUAAAAAUCAAUCCAGAAGGUGUGGGAAACGAUUUCCAGAAAAUGGCUGGAUCCAUCAAUUCGCUUCGGCUCAUGUUUCACGGCACCAAAGAAAUGCCUCACCAUUAUCGCAAUAGGCCGAGAAACUACGCACCUUUCAUGCUUUACCCAAAAGGGCCCGUCUUCUGGUCAAAUUAAAACUCGUAAAUCUGCCGACGUUGAUUUUAUAGUUUUUACA